AUGUCUUCAACUAAAGUUCAAGAAGUUUCACGCAAAAGAUUAGGUUCUCCUCUUUAUGAGCCAACCAAACCCCCAGCAACCAAGAGAUCAAGAAAAGUUCUUGUUUCGAAAGAAGAAAUAGAUGAAGCGGAUCCGUUGCCUAGUUCAAAAAAGCACAAAUUGGAAAACUCACUUGAACUUAAAGAAAUUUCGACAGUUGAGACUAUAUCGCAAAUCUCUUUCAACCAGCGUCAUCAAUCAAUCUUGUCAAUCACUCAUUUCAAACAACCAUUACAAAUACAAUCAGACUACCCAAUACCCGAAAUAUCACCCUAUGAAAUCCUAGUCCAAAAUAGAGCCAUUGGAUUAAACCCCAUUGAUUGGAAGGGGAAAAAGUAUGGGUUUGGCAUUUAUCAUUUCCCAUGGAUCAAUGGUCGUGAAUCAAGUGGAGAAGUAGUUAAAUUGGGCAACAAAGUCAAUUCUAAAACUAGCCAUCAUCUCGCAAUAGGAGAUAAAGUGAUUGUCAGCUCAACUAGUUAUAGAGAUAAUCGUACAUCAACAUUUCAACAAUAUACAGCCAUUGACUCACGUCUCGUUUGGAAAUUACCACCACAGUAUACAUAUGAAGAUGGAGCCACCAUCGGUGUUGGGUUAGUCACGGCUGGCAUAUUAUUCUACAACUCAUUUGGAUUCGAAUUAUCCCCUAUGCCUAAAGUGCAUAGUGGUACGUUGUUGAUUUGGGGUGGGUCGACAAUUGUAGGCAUCUAUGCUGCCCAAUUGGCUAAACUACAUGGAUUAACAGUGAUUGCCAUAGCUGGAAACAAACAUGCACAUUAUUUAACCCUGUUAGGAGUUGACUAUAUCAUUGAUAGGUUUGCUUCUGAUGAUGAGAUAUUAGCACAAGUUGAGAAGUUGUCUCCAAAUGGAAUAGAUUAUGGAAUUGAUUGUGUGUCCAAAGAAACCGCGAUUAAAGUGUUAAAUAUGCUCGAUUCCAAUAGCUACAAAUUGAAAUCAAGUUUAAAAAAAGGAGCUAACGAGGAUGGACAGACAGUUGACAGUUCUCCACAAUUUGCAGGUGUUGUGGGAGUACCAAAGGAGGAACGGAUCCCUAAACUGGUACACUUGAAACCAGUAAUCAUCAAACGAUUUCAUGAAGAUGUUGAGUUUGGAGCUAACUUUAUUGCUAUAACAUCAUUGUUUUUACGAAAUUCACAAAUCAAACCAGCUAGAUAUAAACAAUACAAUGGUGGUCUUGAAAUUAUCGAGGAUGCAUUGAAUGAUUUGGAGAAAAUUGGAGCCAAUGGUGAAAAAUACGUCGUUUCUCUCAAGAAUUGA